AUGGCUGCUACCCCUGAAGGUAGUGAUACUAACCAGGAUAUCCGGAAAUUCUUCGGCGUUGUAUCUCCUGGAAAGCGACAAGAAUGUGAGACUGUGAAAAAGAGUGAAAAAAUUAAAAACAAUGAAGGACCUUCAAGUGGGAAGAAAAAGGGAAAGGAGACUAAAGUGAACAAUUCACCCAGUGAAGAUCAUUCCAAACAAAAGCGGACAAACAAGAAAAAAAGAAUAAUCUACGAUUCAGAUUCAGAAGAGGAGGUGCAGUCAGUGAAAAAAUCCAAGAAGCCAUCUGAGAAAAAAGCAGCUACUUCAAAACUUGGUAAAGUUCUAAAGCAGGAUCCUGUUGUUUAUAUUUCAGAGACAGAUGAAGAAGAUGACUUUGUCAAUAAAAGAGUUUCCCUGAAACCGAAGGAGAAUGGGACAUCAGCGAUCGGUUGUCCAGGAACAACUACAAUGAAAAAGGAAGAUGUAAAACCACGAGCUAAAAGCAAACCAUUAUCUCCAGUGAAACAGACUCCCACCUCGGCACUUGAUUACUUUGGGACAAGUAGUGUCCAACGAUCGGAAAAGAAACUGGUAGCAACUAAAAGGAAAGAACCUUCACAAAGCAGAGACAGCACACUAGAUGAUGAGGCCAUUGCUAGGCAACUGCAGCUUGAAGAAGAUUCAGAGCUGGAGAGACAGCUGCAUGAAGAUGAGGAAUUUGCUAGAACUUUGGCCAUGUUGGAUGAAACACCGCAGAAGAAAAAGGCUCGGAAGGAUUCAGGAGAAGAGCAAACGGUACUGAGCAUCAAGAAGAGUCCUAACAUGGCAGAAAGAUAUAAGCAGUCAGAAAGAGUGAAAGCAACAAACUCGACAGGUGAAGCAAAGAAUUACACUGCGAAGCAGCAAACUAAAUCUGAACAUUCAAAAGGCUCUUGUUUAUCCUCACAAUCAUCUGAUGGUAAAAUAGCAAGAGAGUUGACAGCUAAGACCUUGUCUUUGAAACCUAGCUCUAAGCUUGUGUCUCUGAAACAAAAAGAAGAGAUUGCUGAAAAGGAAAGAGGUGCCCAAAGUUUAGUAUCAAAAGAAAAAACUACUUCGGGGAAAGAAGAGAAGACAACACCAAAAAAGGAGAAAAUUUCUCCCAAGAAGACUGAGUCUGUAAGUCCUGAGGACUCUGAAAAGAAGCGAACCAAUUAUCAAGCCUACCGAAGCUUCCUUAAUCGCGAGGGUCCGAAAGCGCUGGGUUCCAAAGAGAUACCUCAGGGAGCUGAAAACUGCUUGGAAGGCCUGACAUUCGUAAUUACAGGCGUUCUGGAGUGUAUUGAAAGAGAUGAGGCCAAGUCUCUGAUUGAACGUUACGGAGGAAAAGUAACUGGCAAUGUCAGCAAGAAGACAAACUAUCUGGUUAUGGGACGAGACUGUGGCCAAUCUAAAUGUGAAAAGGCAUCAACGUUAGGGACAAAAGUUAUUGAUGAGGAUGGUCUGUUUGAUCUUAUUCGAACUAUGCCAGGCAAGAAGUCCAAAUAUGAGCUGGUGGCUGAAACAGAG